AUGACGGAGUUAAAAACAAGAAAUGGGAAUUUAGAGACCAGAAUGAACCUUGCUCUUAGCAAUUUUCAAACCGAACAAAAAAAUUCGAUUGAGAAAGAUCGAAAAAUUGAGGAUAUCCAAUCGCAAUUGAACAAUUUGCAAAGUGAUUUACAUUCGAAGAAUGAAGAAUAUAAAUCGCAAACUGUACGAUUGGCCCAACGAUCUACCGAGUUACAAAGUUUAACAAAAAACAAUGAGAAGUUAGACACAGAUUUAAAUACGGCUAUAAAAAAUUCUGGAGAAUUGCAAUCCGCAUUGGAGACAGCUAAUUGCAAUUUCACGGGGUUGCGAUCCGAAUUAAAAAAUGCACAAGAUGAGUCGACACGAUUAAAUGCUGAAUUACAGAAAUGUAAACAGGAAUUGGAAAUUGCGAAAGCUACCUCGGGAACAGUUAGCGAACAAGUGGAAGCAUUAACCGGUCAUUUAAAUUCCGCUAGAGAGUCAUUAACCAAUGAAUGUGAUAAUACUAAAAAACUUACAGAGGAAUUGAAAAAAUUGAACGGUGAGCUUAAUCUAUGUAACACGAAGUGUGGUGAUUUGGAAGAAAAAUUGACGGAUUCAAAAACAGAAAAUGGAAAUUUAGAGACCAGAUUGAACCUUGCUCUUAGCAAUUUUCAAACCGAACAAAAAAAUUCGAUUGAGAAAGAUCGAAAAAUUGAGGAUAUCCAAUCGCAAUUGACCAAUUUACAAAGUGAUUUACAUUCGAAGAAUGAAGAAUAUAAAUCGCAAACUGCACAAUUGACCCAACGAUCUGUCGAGUUACAAAAAACAACAGAACUCAAUGAGAAGUUAGACACAGAUUUAAGGACGGCUAUAAGCAAUUCUGGAGAAUUGCAGUCCGCAUUGGAAAUAGCUAAUCACAAUUUGACGGGGACGCGAUCCGGAUUAAAAACUGCACAAGAUGAGUCGACACGAUUAAAUACUGAAUUGAAGAAAUAUGUACAGGAAUUGGAAAUUGCGAAAGCUACCUCGGGAACAGUUAACGAACAAGUGGAAGCAUUAACCGGUCGUUUAAAUUCCGCUAGAGAGUCAUUGACCAAUGAAUGUGAUAAUAAUAAAAAACUUACAGAGGAAUUGAAAAUAUUGAACGGUGAGCUUAAUCUAUGUAACACGAAGUGUGGUGAUUUGGAAAGAGAAUUGACGGAGUUAAAAAAGAACAAUGGUAAUUUACGGACCAGAUUGGACAACGCUAUUAGCAAUUCUGAAAAAGAUCGAAGCGAUUUGCUCAAGAAAGAUGAAGAAUUGAAUUCUAUCCGAGUACAAUUGCAAGGUUUGCAAGAUGAUCAACUCGUUCUUGUUACAGAACACCAAGAACAAAUUGUGCUACUUGAGACAAAUCAUGCCGAUAUACAAAAAACAACACAAAACGAAAAUGAGAUGUUAGAAUCACAAUUAAUCAGUGUUCGAUCAGAAUUAAAUGAGCAACGGGAUGGUUACAAUACCACCAUAUCACAGUUGAAUUCGCAAUUAGAUAUGCUGACGAGUGAGAACGGAUCAUACGUUAAUGAGAUCGCCAAAUUAAAUGCUGAACAUAUUAAGUUGACGGAAUCGAAAAAACAAUUAGAAGAUGCUAACCAUAGCACUGGAAGUACGGUUGAAUAUUUACAAGGUGAAUUGACUAAAUUUAAGCAACUAGUGGAUGCUUCAAACGAUGAUUUAACUUCCACUGUAAGAGCAUUGGGUGCUGAGCGUAAAACCACCAACACCCUUACAGAGGAAUUGGAUAAAAUUAAAGCUGAUAUUACGCAGCUUAACGAUCGGUAUGGUGAGUUGGAGCGAGAAUUUAUCAAGACUAAUGGAAUACUGGACCUGUCGCGUGGUGAAGUACGAGAUCGUGAUAUGCAAAUUGCGCAAAAAAAAGAAGAAUUAACCAAUUCUCAAAUUACUAUAUCGGCAUUACAACAACAAUUACAAGAACUGACAGAUUCAAUGUCUGAACAGGUUGGUAAUUACGAAACACGUAUCGGAACCCUUAAUGUGGAAAACGAUACGUGUAAAGAACGUAAUACAGAGUUGCUGAAUAAUAUUAGAUCAUUGAAUGAGACGUUAGAAAGUCAAAUAACAGAUCAUAAUAACAAAUACAGUUUUUUACAAAACGAAAUGUCGACUAUCCAACAACAAUGCGAUAUAUCUCAAGAAUCUGUUACUAAAUUACGUCAAGACAUUUUACAGCACGAGCGAAACAAUGACCAGUUGAGUGAAUGCAAUGCUUCGUUAAAAAAUCAAUUAGACGAUCUCCGAAAUCAAUUUAACACAUUGACAACUGGUAAUGAAGGGAAAAUCGGGCAAUUGGAUAAUCUAAUUGCACAACAGAGUGCUACUAACACGGCUUUAAGCCAAAAAAAUGAAGACAUGAUGCUCGAGACUAAUGCGUUGACUAAUGCAAAUGCAGGAUUGUUAGCUACAUUACAAGAAUUGAAUGAACAAAACGCAAAAUUUAAGGAGGAAUUUGAUAAAUAUAGGUCGACACUCCAGCAAUUGACGUCAAAAUUGACCAAAUCUGAACAAUGUAUAAAUGAAUUAAAGAAGAAAAAUACUGAACUAGAAAACGAGGUUAGUACGAUUACUACAGAAAUGAAUGAACGUAUUGAAGCUGGAAGGGUAGCUAACGAGAGCGUGUCGCAACAACUUACGGACCUGCUGGAUGAUAAGCGAAACCUGGAAUCGACAAACGGAUUACUCGAGAAACGAUUACAGGAAUGUGGUACGGAAAUGAAACAAUUGAAGGAGAACGUUGGCGAUUGUGAAGAAAUACGAUCACGAUGUGUUGAAUUACAACAAACAGUAUCGGAUAUGACGGAAGUUGUGAGCCAAAAGGAAAUUAAUAUUCGAGAACUGGAUGGCAGAAUUGAAUAUGACAAAGGUGUGCUUACGAACCAAGCAGAUAUGGCAUCCGCCAGGAUUAACAGUUUGAUCGAAGUAUGCAUUAGAUCAUAUGAUUAUUGUGCCACAAUUUAUGGAUUAAUAUCUGAAUUAAACGUGGAAAUACUCGAAUCGCCGUUCAAUGGUAUCAAAUCGUUUGAGCCAAUAUCCCAGAGUCUUUUCGAUCAUGGCAAUGAUACAAUCUAUAAUACCUUAAUGAAUAAAUUUGACGACAUGGUAUCGCCUGCAAAAAGAAUAGUACAGACGUUAAAAGAUAAAGAUGCGGAUAUAAAGAAUGAACUAAAUAAUGUUAGUAAACAGUGCGGUUUUCACACAACACCAACAUUGACCGCUUCAAGAUUGUUAUCUUGGGCUAGUAUAAUAUUUAGUGCUAUACGAGCUCGCAAAGAGAAUUUCACGUACAAUAGUGUGGACGAAUAUUGUAAUUCCGUUAAAGAAGACAUCGUAAUAUACACCAGUAAUAUCGACAGGCUUUUGAAAAAUGUUAAGGGAUUUAAGGACAGACUGUUAGAAUUAACAACGAAAUUCCGUGAGCAUAUGUCAUGA